AUGGCCCGACAUGCUCCUCUCUCAAAUUUCUCACCCGCUUCCAACGCCGCUGCCGCUCUGUUCUUCCUUGUGGCCUUGGUGGCCGCGGUCGCCUCUAUUGUCAACUCCCUCUGCACCACCCGCAAGCACUCCAAGAUGGCAAAGGAGAAUACAGACAGUAACCCAAGCACUUCGCCAAAGGAGGACGGAGAGCUCCUCUGCAGCGUAGCCGUAGAAGAGGCCUUAUGGAGGAAGAGCAUCAUCAUGGGGGAGAGGUGCAGGCCCCUGGUGUUCUCGGGCCAAAUCCUGUACGACUCCCAGGGAAACCAGCUGCCGAACUUGGCUCCGGUCGUGCCACCGAGAGGCGGGCAGCGUUUAGGCUGA